AAAUAACCUACAUUUUAUUUUGAUAAGUGUACUUUUUAAUUUUAUUUUACGGAAUAAUAAAAAGACGUUUGUUUGAGAAAACGUUUGAAACAGAAACCUCUUAAAAUGAAUCAAGCAGAGGUGUCUAAAUUAGUUUCUAAGCUUCGUAUAAAAAUACCUAAUGAACCUAGAAAGCUACGAAACAUAAAAGGACCAGAAGGCAGAUUGGAUAAAUUGCGUAAAACAGUAACAGGAUUAUUUAAAUACGAAAGAAUAGAAUUAAAUUACAGCAGGGGCGAUGAAGCUCGUCAGUAUGCGGAAAGAUUAAUAUCUGAAGCUAUCCGUCACGGUGAUUGUCAUAAGCCAACAAUGGAAGCAGCAAAUUACUGGCUUCUAGAAAAAGAGUUGAUACACAAAUUGUUUAAAGUAUUAGUCCCAAGAUUUCAAGAUUGUAAUACCGCAUAUACAAGUAUUAUAAAUGCACCAAGAGCUAUAAACACUCGAAGCACAGAGAAAGUUGUUCUGGAACUUAAAGGAAACCCCUACCCACCGCUAGUCAACAAACAAAUGAAUAAUAAAUUGCUUAUCCAAAAUGUACUUCUUGAUGCAGCUAAAUAUGACUAUCGUCAAUCUAAAUAUAGAGAAAUGGCUGAAAAGAUUGGCAUUACUGAUGAAAUUAAACCUACAACUAACAAAGAUGAAAACAGGACAAACCAAAUUCAAUUAAAUGACAACAAAUUAACUGAAAAUUAAUAUAUAUUAAAGUAGAAAAAUAUAAAGUCCUUUAACUGUUGCAUUUUGUAUACAUUAAAGAAGU